AAUUCUCACAGGGCGCCAAAAUUUAAGAUUGCCUUUUCCAAACAUUUUCCUUUUGUCUAUCUAUUUUCGUAUAAGCAGACUUCUAUUGAUAUAAAGUUAUGGGUACUCAUGUAGAAGCAACACCUUCUACUCCAUUACCUAGUUCUAGCUCCUCCAACGCAUUUUUAGAGACAGUCAGUUUGUUAGAUGAGCUAAUUGCUGUCUUUGAUAAUCAAGAAGAAGCAAAAACGUUGAACCAAGGUUGCGAGAAACUUGAAGAGUUGGGACAAGUGCAACAGAGAAAGGUCCAUGACUGGAAAGGAAAACUAAAAGCUCUUCAAACUCGUGUUGACGAAGCAUUACAAAAGACGAAAGGGUUUGAAAGUGAAGAAGAAUAUCAAAAGAAGUUGGAAAUGCUCGAAAAAGAGAAGCAAAGUAUCAUCAGUGAAAUAAUGAAAGCUGAAGAAGACUGUUCCCUUGUAGAGUCCCAAUUAGAUUCCGUCAAAAACGAAGAACAACGUUAUUUGCAACUUUAUACAAACAUGUGUGAUGAAAUGAACAAAGAAAUUCCCAGGAUGCAAUAUUUAUUGAGUCUGUAUGCGGAUAUUUCUCGAUUGCGUACCAAAAGCUUCUUUUCUUCGUGGGACCAACUUGAGGAUGUAUUUAGUGGAUAUAUUCUGUCAAAAAAAGGUGAUGACAUUCAACCAUUCGAAUUUCCUAUCAAAGCCAACACCAGUUUUACUAUUGUGAAUCAACUUUGGGAAAUGUUCGAACGUACCAUCACGUAAAUACGAAUAGGCAACUAUUUCGUUUUAUGUUUCUAACGGAACAUGAUUAUCGACUCUUGUGAAAUGCUGAAGAAUUAUUAUUUGUUUAAAAUGACAUAAAGGUUUUGUUUACAAUUUUGAAACAAAUUGAUUCCCUUUUUCAG